CAGCUCGCUACUUUCAGCAAUUUAGAUCUGGUAACCCUGGCUCAGUGCCGCCGCAACAGUCGUUGGGGGAAGAUGUUACGGGCUGCUUGCUGCACUUUGGUAAAUAUUGGCUCCUGUGGAACUCCAAAAUGGCUGGAUGCAAGUGCAGCGUAAAUUCUUUCUUGACCUUUGCGCUAGGAUGGAUGCCAGCGAGAAUAAGCAUGGCACUGCUGGCACUGCUGGGGAUGAUGAAUACAGUGAUGGUGCGGGUCAACCUGUCUGUUGCCAUCGUUGCCAUGGUGCGUCGGAACGUGAGCAGCAUCACUCAAGUACAUACCCACUGUAUCUCCAUCGACUUCUCUGCCAACGCUACCCAUCUCGAAGAGUUGAAGACUGUUGAAGAUGAGGCUUCAGGCACUGAAGACAUGUCUUCUGCUCUGCUGGCUGAAUCUGCCAUGGAAGGUGAACUAGACUGGGAUGAGGUGACACAGGGUUUUGUACUGGGCGCCUUCUUCUACGGCUACUGUAUUACUCAGAUUCUUGGCGGAAGGCUCUCAGAGCUGUACGGAACACGUCUGGUUUUUGGCGUGAGCAUCUUGGCUGGUGGUAUCUCUGCCGUCUUCACACCUACAGUAUCCCGCAUACACUAUGGCCUGCUUAUUGCCUUGCGGGUCACACAAGGACUCUUCCAGGGAGCUACAAUCCCCAGCGUGUUCCCUCUGAUGGUCCGUUGGAUGCCUCCGACAGAGCGGUCAAGGUUUAUCGCGUAUGUUCUUUUUUGUAACAACUUGAGCAUCACCCUGACGAUGCCUCUGUGUGGCGUCGUGAUCAGUUCCCUUGGAUGGGACGCCGCUUUCUACGUGACAGGAGCCAUGUCGUUAACCUGGUGUCUCCUGUGGUUCACCCUCGUGUAUGAGUCGCCCAGUAAGCACCCCAGAAUCAGCCCCGAAGAACUGGAAUACAUAAAUAGCAACAUGGAGGAUAUGGAGUGCGUAGCGAAGCCUCCAGUAGCGGUGCCGUGGCGAGAGAUGGCCACCAGCCUGCCAGUCUGGGCCCUCCUUCUCUGUGAUGCUGGCAACUCCUUUGGCUUCAGCGUCUACUUCUCAUAUCUGCCGACGUACAUCCAAAACAUCCUGGGGUUCUCUAUUCAAGAAAAUGGGCUGCUGUCUGCCCUACCAUUCCUGUGUCGUUACCUGGGGGCCGCCGUGUUCGCCACGACAGGAGACCUGCUGAUGGCGCGGGGCGUCCUCUCCGUCCUGACCAUCCGCAGGAUCUUCAGCGCUAUAGCCAUGUUUGGACCGGCACUGAACCUCUUGUUAGUGGCUUACUCUGGCUGCGAUUGGUCCCUCGCCAUGACACUCCUUUGCCUAGGCUUCUUCCUCAAUGGAUCUAUCACCACCGGCUUGUUUGCUAAUCGUGUGGACGUCACAACCAACUUCUGCGGGACGCUAAGUGGGUUGUGUAAUACGUGCGCCAAUGUCGUCUCCGUCAUCGUUCCCAUCUUCGUUGGCGCCCUCACACAGAACCAGCAAACACUAGGGCAGUGGCAGAAGGUGUUCUGGACCUGUGUGCCUGUCUAUGCUCUCACGGAAAUCUUCUUCCUCAUCUUUGCUUCAGCAACAAUCCAAAAGUGGAAUUACUCUACUGAGCAUCGAGACUCGCACGAAGCAGGAGAUUCCACUGACAAGGACGAAAUUUCCGCUCUCGAUUCCAAAGCAGUCUAUACCAGCCGGGGUUCGAGCCCCGUGCAGGGAGAGUCGACUGGGCACUGAUCAUUGAAUGUUAGCUAUUGUUGACCCAUCAGUAAAUGGGGAUCUGGUUGUAAACCUUUUAGCUGGUCGUGUUCCAGAGAAAACCAGUGUGGCAGUGCUUAAUAACAUGGCCAGCCAGCAAAUAUUCAGGACAAAAGUAAAGUAUAUAUUGUGUAUAUUGGUUGAUACCUAUCUACGUCACAGUACAGCUGAAAGUGGCAGGGCGGCCACCUUCAGGGAGACCCAGAAAACUAAUAAGUACAGGGACCUAGAACGUUGUUACAAGUUUGUGCUAAUAGGCUCUGAGACCCUGGGCGCCUGGGGUAAAUGUGCCCUUAAGUUCCUAAAGGAGGUGGGUGAGGAACUCAUUAGGUAAACCAGCGACUCAAGAGCAUCAUCAUAGGAGUGCUCAUGGUCAAUCAAAUACAGGUAGGAGAGACGCUCACCCAUACAUGUGGCCACGCAAUUCUGAGAUGGAAUAUAAUUCUAGAAACCCAAAUAAAGGUCCAGGAUGA